AUAUAGUGAAUGCAGGGUCCGGGGAGACCGGAUAUAGUGAAUGCAGGGUCCGGGGAGACCGGAUAUAGUGAAUGCAGGGUCCGGGGAGACCGGAUAUAGUGAAUGCGGGGUCCAGGGAGACCCAGGAUAUAGUGAAUGCAGGGGUCCGGGGAGACCAGAUAUAGUGAAUGCAGGGUCCGAAGAGACCGGAUAUAGUGAAUGCAGGGUCCGGGGAGACCAGAUAUAGUGAAUGCAGGGUCCGGGGAGACCGGAUAUAGUGAAUGCAGGGUCCGGGGACAGUGGAUAUAGUGAAUGCAGGGUCCGGGGAGACCAGAUAUAGUGAAUGCAGGGUCCGGGGAGACCGGAUAUAGUGAAGCGGAUAUAGCAGGGUCCUGGGAGACCAGAUAUAGUGAAUGCAGGGUCCUGGG